AUGAAUGCGGACGAAAAAACGCGGUAUGACCGGCAAAUGCGGCUCUGGGGGAAGAGCACGCAGGAAAGACUACGGAGGACGGAAGUCAACAUCAAGGGCAUAACUUCCGCCAAUGCAGAGGUGGCCAAAAAUUUGGUGCUCGCCGGCGUCGGUUCCGUCGUCUUGGACGAUACGGCCCCUGUUGAGGCUGCCGAUCUUAAGCACAGUUUUAUUCUUCAGGGUUGUAAGUUGGGGGAACGGCGGGGUGAGGCUUCGGCGGGGAAGCUCCAGUCGCUUAACCCGUACGUGGCGGUGUCGUCGAGUCGGGAAAUUAGAAAUAGGGAUGGGGCGCCGCAGAGCAACUCGUCGCUUCGGGUUGUUUUGGCACGCGCAAAGUGUGAGGCUGACAUGCUCGAGUGUGCGGGGGAUCCACUGAGCGGGUCAGCGGAUGUCAUGCUGCUCACGGUCGACCUCGGGCACCUGACAGCGGGCUUCUUCCUUUACAGGAAACAAAAGAUCCCUUUCGUGGCGCAAUUAAGAGCAUUACUCGAUGAGGAAGUCGGCACGAGGCCCGUUGUGUUCCAGCGGGUGCUGUUGUUGUUAAAAAUGGCUGAAUGCCCACAGGAGCUUAAUUACUUUGAGCGUCUUCUCUUUGCUAAGGAUUUUGUGCGUCAACGUAGUCUGCUGCAACUGACGCGUGAAGAUAUCGAGUUUGCCGCGGCCGCCACUGGAGAGUUGAUGCACAGCACCGCGAUCGAAACCACAGUGGCGGGAGGCGUGUUUGCUCAGCUCAUUAUUCACACAAUAGGAAUGGGAAGCGAAGAAAUGGGAGAAGGAGAAUAUGCCUGGGCAAUUAGUGACACCAGCGACGGUGUCGAGGUUCAAGUGGGGCACCUGCGCAACCCGUAG